CCAACGUGCAACCUUAACCCUGCGCCACCACCUGUCACUGACACUUAUCGCCCCAUAUCUCACGGACUCGGCUUCACCAUCUUUCAUUAGUACUCAUUCCUUCUAUCUUGCUAGACAAUAUAUAUCCGAACAUACUAGACAACCCGCCGUUCUGCAAUGUCGCAGGAAUCACCUCUUAGUGAACCAGUCAUCUACUACGGCAAGAAAUUCAUCGUGCUCAGCGAUUGGGACGGCACGAUCACCACGCAGGAUUCCAAUGAUUUUGUGACGGACACUUUUGGGAUGGGGCGCACAGAUCGCUUUGCCCUCAAUCAGCGUAUACGUAAUGGCGAAGAUAACUUCCGGGAUGCCUUCCGGAAGAUGAUCGUGAGCGUCGUCGAGAAUGGCAAGGAGGAAGGCAAGGUGAAACAUACAUUCGAGUUCUGUAAAAAUGCGGUUGCGAACAACAUCAAAGUCGAUGAUACUUUCAAGGGUUUCUACGAAUUCUGCGGAACGAUUGAUAUACCCGUGGUAAUUGUGUCCAGUGGUAUGGAACCUAUCAUCCGUGCAGUGCUAAACAAGCACCUCGCUAGCCUCGACGGUAUUCAAAUAAUAUCGAACGAGGUGAAAACCUAUGAUGAUGGGAGCUGGGACAUUCAAUACCGUCAUCCCGAGAGCGGCUUCGGACAUGACAAGUCGAAGGCGAUUGCCCCAUACAGGAAUAUGCAACCCGCCCCGAUAGUAUUCUUCUUCGGUGAUGGCGUCUCAGACCUAUCCGCAGCGCGGGGAGCGACUUGUCUGUUCGUCAAGUACAAGCCGAAUGGAGAGAACGAAUUGAUGGAAUACUGCAUCAUGAACAAGAUCAAGCACCGGUUGUUCCAGAGUUUCGAGGAAGCGCAAGGUGUGAUGAAGCUCAUCAUCUUCGCGGAGACGGAGGAAGAGCAACAGAAUAUCAUUGCACGGGAAUGGCCUGAAGUAGCUUGAGAGGUUGUCUCACCUCACCCCAAGUGAUGGCAAUCGCAGGGCGGUCUUGGGUACUCUUGACACGGUGUAUUUAGAUCUGGAGGCAUCAAGAUUGCGCCUUUAAUUGAUCAAGUUGAACCCAGCUC